AUGGAAUAUAAUAGAAUCUCUGAGAGUUUAUAUCGACUAGUUUUCAAAUAGGGAGAUGGAUUAAAUGCAAUUAUGAUAGUUUAUGCCUGGAAAAAUGAUAACUAAUCGUAUUUAGGAGAUGGCAAUGGAGAAUAGGAAGCAAUUUGUUUGUCUAAUUAAGAACAUUUGUUAAAACUUUAUGUUUAUGAAGUUCCUUCUCAACUUGGUGAUAUUCAAGGCUACACAGCAACUAAACUGCUGCUUAAAAUGAUGUAAGAUGGUGAAAUCAUCUCUGGAAUGACAUCUCCUUAUUGCACCGAUUUGUCACAAAAAUUAAUUGAUAUUUUUGGCUUUAGUCAAGCUGAAGGAUAAAUUGGAUUUCAUGUUUAAUAUUCAUUACUAACUAAUGAAUACUCAGUUGUAAGAUUGAGUUUCAAAUCAGAUCAUGAAAUACCAACAAAAAUAAAAAGUCAUUUUUCAAGAAAUUUCGGAUAUGAUUACUAUGUAUUUGGAUACGAUUUAGAGAUUUCUAAUUAAUACACUAAUUUUAUGCCUCAAAUAUUUUCUCAAAAAGAUAAAACAUGCAAAAGAAUUACUGAAAAUAAAAUGCAACCAAUUUACUAUAUCAAAAAAGGGAAAGAAAAAUCACAAUAGAUAGUUUUCCCUGCUAAUACGUUUGAAAGCUAUUUUGAUAAAAUUUCAUGUCAGUUCGAAAUUUAAUAUCAUAUUAUGUAAGAUUAAAAUCAAAAACCAGCAUUAAAUAUCAGUUAGGUUAUUAAAUAUAAUGAGACCCAUUAUUAUUUUACAAUCUUUGAAACACUUAAUGAAAGCUAUACUGUCAAUGAUCUAACUUUAAAAGCUAUUAAUUACGAUAAAUAUAUGUUUAGCGAUACUAAGUUUUAAGUUAUCCUUUAAUGUGAUAAUAGUAAUUAAGAAUGGAAGCAAACUUAGUUUUAAUUUGAAUGCACUUAAGGGGAUAAUGAAUUCUUAAUUUUAUCUGAGGAAAUCUACAGCUAUUAAAAUACUAGCGAUUGCUUUUUGACUCAAGAGCUAUAAUAAGGAUUUAAAAGUGAUAUUUUUAUAUUUGACCCUGAAUAUCAUUAGUUAAGAGUGAUAUGCUCAGCUAGCGAUUAUAAUAUAGGAUAAUAGAAAGCAUAACUAAACAUUAAAGAUGAAUUAGGUAUUGUUAUUUAGUAGAUUACGAUUAUUAUCAAUAUAAAAAAGAAAGAGUAAUAGUAGUCACAAAUUUAUUGA